GACCAACGGCCCAGGCUAACGCGGCCGCUGGCCCGCGCACGCCGUUGCAGCACGAGCAGCGGCAGGAGCAGAAGCGCGACUUGGCGAGCUGGUGGAAGAAUUUCAAGAGAAGCGACAAGAAGCCGCAGGAGCCUCAAGGUGAGCAAUCAUUUGUUUGUGUGUGCUGUUUUCAUUGUUGUCCUUGCAUUGCACUACACGUUGGGAUAUAGUUGUAUUGGAGAAUGAAUGGGCAAGGCGACGCGAUCUUCUACACCCGUCAUUUGGCGUGGCGGUUUGCGAUGCGAUCGCGAUACAUAUAUUUCUGACACGCUUCUUGUAUAGCCCCGCAAGGCAUCUUCGGUG